GCAUGCGCGUGGACACUAAAUAUUCACUGUACUAUUAUCCAUGACACAGCCUAACCAAGGAGAUAUCUGAUAUCACUACUUCCUUCCCUGCUCUAACUUAGCGCCCCAGCCAUCUCUAUGACUAUGGCCCCAGCCCACUCACCGGCCGGCCACUCACACAACAUGCGAGAUUGCUAAACCUAAAAUCCAGACUUUCUUUCUGUGGUGACCAAGAAUAUGCUCCGGCAUUUAGGUCAGUUCUCCGGUUUUCUUCCAGUCUCAUGUCUCUCGGAAUAUUCUAAGAAUAGAACGGCGAUCCGACUACCGGUACUAGUACUACUACUAGAUUCAGAGACCGUGUGUGAUAGUUGAUGUAGACAGACUUGGUGUCUUUGUAGUACUAGUAUUACGAUAUUGCGAACUUAUGUGUGUGCGGCAGCCGGCAGGCGCAGGUCCAAAGAAAGUGUUGAACAAGGAGGUGUCAUGGAAACGUCUAUUCCUCCACCUCCUCCUCCUCCAUCUGUAGUUCAUAUUAGCCCCACAGAGGAUAAGAAGAAAACACAUGGAGACUUAGAAAGUUCUGCACUUGAGGUUAAACAGACAAUUGAAAGGUUGCCCUCAUGGAGACUUCAGAGUGCAGAUGAAGGAAAAGCAAGAUGGCUAACUUGUAAUCAAAAGAUAAAGUACAUUGGUCAGCAAGGGACUACCUGUGGCCUUGUAGCAUUAUCAAUGGCUGCCAGUAUGCUGAAAUCAUCAGGAAAGAGUCUAGAUGUAGUCUUAAAUGCAGCAAGAGAGAAGGGGUACACACUCCAGGGAGAAAUGUUUUCAGCAUCUAAUACCUUAAAGUUUGCAGAAGAAGAAUUCAACCUCACAGGUCAACUGCUCUGUGGUGAUCUUCAACUUCAUAAGCAUGAUGUCAUUAGUCAUCUAGCAAAGGGAUUACCAGCAUUGGUGCCAUAUGAUAAAGAUUUUAACCAUGAACCUACUACUAGGAAAGGACAUAGUGCACAUUGGGCAGUUCUAACAGGCUUUGUGUUGGUACUACCUGAAGAUGUAAAUGUUCCACCUUGUUGUCAUGGUGACAACAUCUCAUCCAAUAUCACCUACACACCUCCUUGGUCAGAUGAUAUGAUGGCCAUCCUCCCACAUCUCAUCAGUAGAGCAUCGUUGGUCUUUGUGUUUGCUAGACAGGGUAAAAGUCGUCUUCUUGGAGCUUGGCAGUAUGACAUCCUAGCAAGAAGCAAUAGGAACUUAAUAGAGUACGACCCCACCUUAGAAGGAGAGUAUGUUUUUCAUGAGGAAGGAUUGGCAGCUGGUUUAGCAGACAAAGCCAUCUUGUUAAAUGAUUGCAAUAAUUUAUGAAGCACUUAAUGCUUCUAAGGGCUGCAUACUGUUAACCUGGUUUUAGCACUGCUAAAAAGGAAUGCCUUUGGAUGUCUUAUAAUGAGACAGGAUCAUGAUGGAGCUGGCAGUAAAGCCUCUGAAUAUGUGUGACUGAGUAAUGUUGCAGGUGAAUCAUACUAAGUUAUUGAAAUAAUUUGCAAUCUCACCCCAACUCAGUUUUGUCUUCUUUUUUUUAAAAUGAUGAAUAAAGUAUGAAAAAUGGGUCAUAUCGAGUUAUUUAGGGGUAAAGAAAACUCAUCACAAGGACAGACAAGGUUAAAAGGAAGUUGCUCUCGCACAAUAAUCUGUUGUCUCACACAGGAAUUACUAGGUGCUCAGGGCAGUGUAAACACUGCACUUGCUCUUUUUUCUAUGGAAUUGGUUAUUAAUCAUCUAGUCCUGUGGCAAGAACUCAUCAUGGAAAAUACCUCCCACAUCAAAGAAUGUGAUCAAUAAAUUGGGAGUUUCACUGGCAAAAGGAUGAGUGUUUGUUUCUCCACGACCAGCACAUUUUCACAAUGCCUUGAGCAGACAAAGUUUCACGGUUGAACAUACAUGGCCUUGCUGGAAACGUUCAAGUGACCCUGCUCAUGUUUACUUUUUUUCUUCUGGACGAAAAUAGGCCAUCAUUUCAUGCAACUUGACAGCACUGUUAUUAAAAAAAAAAAAAAAAAAUUACCAUUGUAACAUUCAAUGAACAGUGUUUCUCACAGAAAAGAAAAACUGUUUGAGCCAAUAGUUACAUCAGUGCCUUCAUUUUUCAUGAAACUGUUCCUUGAAAACCAUGAAAGAUUCAGUUUAGAACCACAGAGUAUUGAAUUAAA